GAGUCGCGGUCGUGGCCAUGGGCGGCGUCGCACUCCGUCUGUCCGUCCUACUCCGUCCGGGACCCCAACCUGUCACCUUUCUAGCUCUCACCGUAGCACUCACUAGCAUCACUAGCAUCGCGACCAAACAAGGCCUUGUCCGAACAAUGGGAGGCUUUCCCGUACGCCUGAUACUGUUGAGUAUUCCAUGGUCCAGUCCGGACCAGGCCCGGGUGGGGUUGGGCCUCCCAGAGUGGGACAUUGUGUCGUGGACCAUAUCGCUAGUCCCCUCCACCUCACGCAAGGGGUUGCGAGGAGGUGCUGCAGUCCCGCAGGAAGAAGGUUCCCGGGCCUAUCGUCUGCGCGCCCCUCCGUCAGCCGAGCAUGAACAGCUGGAAUGAUAGGGCUUGUCAGUCAAAUGACAAUCGCCCUUCCCCCUCCCUCUGGCCCUCUCCUCUCGCUGGAAAAGAAACGAUGAACCAGCGGUGAGGCCUGGAGAUGUGGCCUUCUGGCUGCUCAGAGUUCGUGCCCUUGCGCCCGAGAUCCUGUUCCAUGACUUACACCGAAUCGUUCUCGAUUCCAGCUCGAAACGGCGGGGGCAAACGGGAGAGACGAAAAAUUAAAAUUAAAAAUACCAAGAACAACUCAGAUGGUGAGGACCGGGAACUGGUCUAUGCCUCACCGUCUCCAUCCAUGAAGCUAGGUAGAUGAUGUACAUCAGGGUACCCAUAGUCAUCGUGCGGAGAGCCCACUCUCUGGGCGACGAUGGAUCAGGAUGCUCCAUCUAGUACCUGAGCAGAGACUCCAUUUGCGACUCCAUCGGAGCUCUGUUUCGACACAG